AUGCGCGCAGCGCUCAAUUCCCUUAAUAGUGACUCGGGAGAUGUAUAUGAGACGUCUGCGACGGCGGCUUCCGACCCAGCCAAGAAUGAAAAGGAGCAAACGCCAGUGACUCCGGAUGAUGCCAUGCCUGCCAAACUACAAAAUACGAGCAAUAAUGAUGAGGAAGAGUGGCAGCGGCUCAUCUCAGCCGGCGAGGAGCGCCUCACUCAGAUGGCGGCCAACCCUUUCUUGGGCGUGGCGAAUCUGCACGCUGAGCUGGCAGCCUGGGACGCAGAAUUUUAUGCACAGGAGGCAGCUGUCUGCCCUGCAAAGUGGCGACUGCGGAGCCGCUUCAUCGAGGAGGUCUUUGCACCUUUGCUCAGCAAGGCAAGGACAGUAGCAAUGUACCAAGCCCAGCUAGCAGAGGCCAAGCAAGCCACAAUCACGGCAAAGAAAGCUUGGGCAGAAUGUGGGAGGGCAGCUGCGGAGAAUGGAGUUGAACUUGAUGACUCACUUGCCAUGAGAAACUCGCUUGAAGAGGUUGAGAAGACCUUAAGGGGUUUGGAGCAGCUCCUGAGGGCAAUCCUUCACAAGAUUGAAAACAAGGAUCAGGCAAUUGAUAUGGAAUCAGAUGUUGUUGAGCCAGAGCCAGAGCCGAAGCCGGAGCCGGAGCCGGAGCCGGAGCCAGAGCCCGAGCCCGAGCCCGAGCCCAAAACAGUGCUUGACCUUGUGGUGACCGUCUACAUCGAUGAGGAUAGGUGGCUAAAGGAAGGGCUGCCGAAGAUCAAUCUGCUGCUGUUUGGGGGCGUCGGUGCUGGCAAGAGCAGUCUCGUGUCUACUGUGGACAGUCUGUUCAAGGGGCGCAUGUCUCGCAGAGCCCCUCACGGGCAGGGCACCGGUUCUUACACCCGCACGCUCACCAAAUACAACUUCAAGAUCUCCGGCCCAGGCGAGACCGAGACGGCUCCCUUUGCCCUGUGGGACUGUGCUGGCUGGUCAGACCGGGACUAUCAGAGCGGCGAGCUGGGCUAUAUUCUAGACGGCAACCUGCCCCACCGGUUUGAUCUGAGCCAGGCAAUAACACCGCGGAGCCGGGACUUUGUGACUGCGCCGCAGAGGGCAGACAGGGUGCACUGCGUGUGCUUUGUGGUGCCCUGUGAUGCUGCCUCAGACCAGGACUACAUGACCCGCCUGAAAGAAAUGAAGAAGUACGCCAUGGAUCGCGGCAUACCCACGCUGGUGUUCCUGACUAAGGUCGACCAGUAUGACCCUGAAGUGGCAGCAGACAUUCGCAUGAUUGGAGCCAGCCAGCGCAUCAAAUCUAUAAUGCAGGAGGUGGCGUCUCUCAGCGGCAGCGGAGGCACAAAGGAUGUCUUUCCAAUGAAGAGCUUCAGCAGCGAGUAUGAACCUGACCCCGCAGUGGGGGUUCUCAUCCUUAGUGCCCUGCAGCACGCCUUGUACGCAGCUGAGGACUACCUGGACGACGCACCCUGA